AUGGGGGAUAAUAACUUACCUUUGUAUUUUUUUGAACCAGAGACAUCCAAUGCAUCGAGAAAAGGCCCGAGGAGAAGGAGACCAAAUAUGUUUAUUUCCUAUCGUAAAGAAAUGAUGAAUAGUAAACCGCCAAAUAUGCAAAUGACUGAAUACAGUAAGCUGGUGUCAAAAUGGUGGAAAAAGCUUUCUGCGAACGAAAAAGCGAAAUUGCAAAGACGAUAUCAAAUCGAACGAGAUCAAGAAGUACAACGUAUUUCCAGCAAAAUCGAUGAAGGAAUGUCAAAUCCUAACAUUAUUAAUUCCAUUUAUUUUGGAUAUUAUCUAUUGUAA